AUGGAGUUCCCCACUCUUCUUCCCGACGCUCUCGAGCGCUACUCGGCCUCAGUAACUCCUUUCAACGCCACGUUCUCCGAGGAUCUGCUGCGCGUGCCUUCAAGUAGCAAUGAGACCAACAAGGCUGCGACCAGAGACGCUACUAGUCUCAUCAUUGCCGUUUGCAUCACGGCUCUCUACUCGCUCAUCUGUGUGGUGGGGCUGCUGGGGAACGUGCUCGUCAUGUACGGGGUGGUCAGGUACACCAAGAUGAAGACCGCCACCAACAUCUACAUCUUUAAUCUGGCUCUCGCCGACGCUCUCGCCACCAGCACCCUCCCCUUCCAGAGCGCCAAGUACCUGAUGAGCACAUGGCCCUUUGGGGAGCCAUUGUGCAAAGUGGUCAUCGCCAUCGACUACUACAACAUGUUCACCAGCAUCUUGACCCUCACCAUGAUGAGUGUGGACCGCUACAUCGCUGUUUGCCAUCCGGUGAGGGCCCUCGACUUCCGCACGCCCGCCAAAGCCAAGCUCAUCAAUGUCUGCAUCUGGAUCCUGUCCUCUGCCGUCGGGGUCCCUGUGAUGAUCAUGGCCAUUACCAAGGUGACAGAUAAAGGAAACACUGCCUGCACGCUCAGAUUCCCCAAACCUGAGCGGUACUGGGACACAGUGAUGAAAAUCUGCGUGUUCAUCUUCGCCUUCGUGGUUCCCGUCCUGGUCAUCACCAUCUGCUAUGGCCUGAUGAUCCUGCGGCUCAAGAGCGUUAGGCUGCUCUCCGGCUCCAAAGAGAAGGACAGGAACCUGCGCCGGAUCACCCGCAUGGUCCUGGUGGUUGUGGCAGCCUUCAUUAUCUGCUGGACUCCCAUCCACAUCUUCAUCAUCAUCAAGACUAUGGUGGAUAUUGACCACAAGAACCUCCUGGUGAUGGCCAGCUGGCAUCUGUGCAUCGCGCUGGGCUACACCAACAGCAGCCUCAACCCCGUGCUGUACGCCUUCUUAGACGAGAACUUCAAAAGAUGCUUCCGGGAUUUCUGCCUGCCUGAUCGCUCCCGCCUAGAGCAGAGCAGCUUCUCGAGAGCGCGCAACAGCACACGGGAGCCUGCGUCUGUCUGUGCUCCUGCACGGACGGAGACGCCGCCGGCCUGA